CAUGGCUUUUGGCAGCUGCUUUCCAAGCUGGGCUAGGCCUCAGCCUCGGGCUGUAUUUUCCGCUCCUCCCCCUGGUAUGGGGACCUGAUAGCUGACUACCGUGUCCCGGUGUCAUGUAUUCUCCGCAGCGCCGGGACUUUAUGUCCGUCACUCUCAUCCAGUCUGAGGAACCUAGAAGAGGAGGAUAUAAUAACAAUAAAGGCUGGAGAAGGAGAUCCUGCUGGAGGAAAUGGAAGCAGCUGUCACGAUUACAGCGCAGUCUGAUUCUCUUCUUGUGUGCUGUACUCGCGGUGUGUGGAGUGGUAUCGUUUUCCAAUUUUAGCGAGCACUGGAAGUCUUUGACGAGUCAUUUUGAAGUGCCGGUUUUCCCAGAGCAAAAUCCUGUUCACCUCGGGGUGCUCCCUGUUCCUGCGAGAGAUGAUACAGACAAAAAGCUACCGAGGCCUCCAGCUCAGAAGCUUAAGAGACCAUACAGACGCGGACCACCCAUUUUACAGCCUCUGCCUACACAGAGGUUGAAAUCUGAAGACAAUGAACAAAGACCGGACCAGGCAGAAAAUCAGCAGCCUGUAAUCAGUUGGCGAGGAGCAGUCAUAGAACCCGCCCAGACCUCGACCUCUCCAAAUAAAGUGCAAGAACCAACAAAACCUGCCCCUCCAGAUGUUGUAGACCAAAAGGAACCAGUUCCCAUCACUGCUCGUCAAGAGGAGGUCAUCGAGGCGUUCCGUCAUGCUUGGAAAGGUUACAAGGAGUUCGCUUGGGGUCACGAUGAACUGAAGCCCAUUUCCAAAUCACACAAUGAGUGGUUCGGCCUCGGCCUUACACUUAUUGAUGCCUUAGACACCAUGUGGAUAAUGGGUCUGAAAGAAGAGUUUGCAGAAGCCAGGGAGUGGGUAUCUAGCAAGCUGACGUUUGACAAGAACGUAGAUGUGAACCUGUUUGAGAGCACUAUCCGUAUCCUGGGAGGUUUGCUGAGCACAUACCACCUGACCCAGGAUCCACUGUUCCUGGAUAAAGCUAAAGACAUUGGCAGUCGUCUACUUCCAGCAUUUAAAACUCCAUCCAAGGUACCUUACUCUGAUGUGAACAUAGGGCGGGGAACUGCCCAUCCACCUCGCUGGACAUCCGAUAGCACUGUGGCUGAAGUGACCAGUGUGCAGCUGGAGUUUAGGGAGCUUUCUCGUCUCACAGGAGAUGGCACAUUCCAGAAAGUUGUUGAUCAAGUCACCCAACAUGUGCAUGGCCUCCCUGGGAAACGUGACGGUCUUGUACCUAUGUUCAUCAACACCAACAGCGGACAGUUCAGCCACCUUGGCGUGUUCACUUUGGGAGCCAGAGCAGACAGCUAUUAUGAAUAUCUUCUCAAGCAGUGGAUCCAGAGCGGGAAGAAAGAAAAUCAGUUUUUAGAAGAUUAUAUGCAGGCAAUUGAGGGUGUUAAAAAGAACUUGGUGCGCAAAUCGCAACCAAAUGGACUAACGUUUGUAGGGGAGCUAUCUCAUGGCCACUUCAGUCCCAAAAUGGAUCACUUGGUGUGCUUCUUACCUGGCACUCUUGCCUUGGGAGCCCAUAAUGGCAUAACAUCCGAUCACAUGGAGUUGGCCGCUGCCCUUAUGGAGACUUGUUACCAGAUGUAUAAACAGAUGGAGACUGGACUGAGUCCUGAAAUAUCACACUUCAACAUUCACUCUGUGCCGAGCAGCGUCAAGGACAUUGACGUGAAGCCUGCUGACCGGCACAAUCUGCUGAGGCCUGAGACGGUGGAAAGCCUCUUCUAUCUGUAUCGGUUUACCGGUGACACCAAAUACCAGGACUGGGGCUGGGAGAUUUUGCAAAGCUUCAACAAACACACACGGGUUUCUACAGGUGGAUUCUCCUCCAUCAACAAUGUACAAAGCAUCAUCAGCCCUGAGCCAAGAGAUAAGAUGGAGAGUUUUUUCCUGGGGGAGACCCUCAAAUAUCUAUACUUGAUUUUUUCUGAUGAUGUGGACCUUAUCAACUUGGAUAAGUUUGUAUUCAACACCGAGGCUCAUCCCCUUCCUAUCUGGACAUGAGGAGGAGCAGUACGACGGUUCUGUUGUCUUUGCAAGGACCGUUCUUCUUCGUUGUUGGGAGUCCAUGAAGAAGUGAUAUUAAUCAUACAAUCAGCACCUCCACUUAAAACAUUCAGAUAUAUUCACUGCUGCUGUACAUAUAUUGAUGAUAAACUCUUGAACUGUAUUACAUAUGGCAGUGUAUCUGCAUCAGGGACAGUGGGCUUCUUUGUGCAUAGUUUACAAUGGUAGUUAACGCAAGGAUUCACUCAGGACCAAAUAUACGGCAGAGCAUUGACGGUGGCUCCUGCACCGGUAUAUGUGAGAGAUGCUGGGGGGGAUAGCAUUGGUUAAACUCUUUACCCGCAAUGUGGUUUCGGGCUUCAACAAGUAAUUUGGUUUCUAACAUGAGAUCUGCCAUGUAUUGUGCCUCCUAGUCUUGUCAUGAAGGGUGAGAAUGGCCAGUUACCAAAACCGUAUGAAAGGUUCUUAAACUCAGGGAUGAAAGGAAUGUGGUGAGAUGCUUUAUUUGAGCCCUUUGAAAAAAAAAACGUUAAUAUGUUGACCACAAUGGAGCAGUGAUUCUUCCUUACCAAACUCAACAGGAGGAUUUCAGCAAAUGCUCCUUCAAGCUUGGACUUGCCAGGAAGCCGUCCCACUUACUUUGUACGGGAACACUGUGAAUAAUCGCCAUGAGAGCUGUGAUUGCACCCACACUCGCCAAAACAAUGGAAACGUCUCUACAGCAUCAUGUGUACAUUAGUAUGUUUUCUUUAAUCUGCUUCUUUUUUUCCUUGUUUUAUCUACUUGACGCACCAUGCAGAUUUAUUCCACCAGUUGAAGGUUUCUUGAGUGCUUGUGAUGGACCAAGGUUCAGGUUUAUCUGUUGCUGGACACAACAGACUUAUUGCCCGGGGGGGGGGGUAUUCUUUAAUAGUAUCUUUCCUGUGGUCAGAUAGAGAUAAUCUUCAAGUCUGACGUUUGGGUGUAUCAAUGUUUUUAACAACAAAAGGGAGAGAGAGACAUGCUUCAAAAGUCUUAAAGGGAUAUGAAACCCAAUUUAUUUUUUUUCUUUCUCAAUUCAGAUAGAGAAUGCAAUUUUAAGCAACUUUCUAAUUUACUCCUAUUCAUUUUUCUUCAUUCUUUUGGUAUCUUUAUUUGAAAAGCAGCAAUGUAAGCUUAGGAGCUACCCAAUUUUUAAUUCAGCACCUGGGUAGUGCUUGCUGAUUGGUGGCCACAUUUUUCUUUUUCAAAUAAAAAUACCAAGAGAAUGAAGAAAAAUUGAUAAUGGGAGUAAAUUAGAAAGUUGCUUAAAAUUGCUGCUCCGACUCAUGAAAGAAAUAAUUUAGUUUUCAUAUCACUUUAACUACAUCAGUGAGACCACGCCUACAAUUCAGUAUGAAAUAGAUCAACACUGUUGUAGGAUGCUUUAUUUUUCCUAUGAACCAGGCACAGCAUUAAUGAAUCCGUUCUAUUCUGUCUUCGUAUCCUUUGUCACAUGGUUUUGUAAUUAAAGAGACAUGAUAGUCAAAUAAUACAUUGCUGUAAUAUCAAAAUUAAAAACAAAAUUCUAGUUAGUGCUCCCCCUUCUAGCCAAUAAAGCUCACGGAAACAUUGCUUAUUUACAUCAUUAGGGGUACAGCAGUAGGUAUGGUUUCUUUCUGUGUGGGCUGGUCAGAAUUUAUUUACUACCUUGUCCCUUUAAAGCUGCUACAGUGAUAUCUUAAAUGGAUAUUUUUUUGCAACUAUAAAAUGCUUUAGUACUUAGUAAUGACUGUGUGUUUAACACCUGCGAAGGUUGUGUAAAAGUCAAGUUGUGUUCCCAUGCACAAUGCAUUGCAGCCCCAGAGCAAGACACAGUAAGCUAAUAUAAAAGGGGCGUACAUAUGUACCAGCGGUUAAAUAAGAGUCUGCAUCACACUCAUGAAUGGCAUAUUGAGAAAUACACAUUUAUAUAAUAAAUACUCUGAAGAACAGCGCUUUAUUAUUACACUAAAAUGUCCCUUUAAUACCCUGGAAUGCGAUUACCAUUUGAUUUCUGUUUUUAGUCUGAACUGAAAUCCUACAGUAUUUUGUUAAUGACAAGAACCCAUCUGCUAAGCUGUGGUUGUAACGAUCGCAGACGUGUUUUGUUCAUUCUAAAUGCAGAUUAAAGGGAUGUGAAACGCAUGAUUCAGAUAGAGCAUGCAAUUUUUAAGGGGCAGUCUACACAAAAAUGUUUGUAAAAAGAUAGAUAAUGCCUUUACUAUCCAUUCCCCAGCUUUGCACAACAUUGUUGUAUUAAUAUACUUUAUAACAUUUAAACCUUUAAAUUUCUGCCAGUUUUAAAGGCUCUAUUGACAGCCUCUUAAUCAAAUGCUUUUAUUUUUGUUUUUCACAACAGGAGACUGCUAGUUCAUCUGGGCCAUAAAGAUAACAUUGUUCUUACGCCCGAGAAGUUAUUUAAGAGUUAUCACAAUACAGUACUAAAUGCAAGUCAUUAGAUAAUAAAUAAAAAGUCAUGUGAUCAGGGGGCUGUCUGCAGAAGCUUAGAUACAAGGUAAUCACAGAGGUAAACAGUAUCUUAAUAUAACUGUUGGUUAUGCAAAACUGGGGAAUGGGUAGUAAAGGUAUUUAUUUUUUAAUACAAUAAAAAAAAUCUUUUGUAGACUGUCCCUUUAAGCAACUUUUUAAUGUACCCCUAUUAUCAAUUUCUCUUUGUUCUUUUGGUGUCUUUAUCUGAAAAGCAGGCAUGUAAUCUUAGAUGACCCAUUUUUGGUUCAGCACCUGUCUUAAAUGUAGCCACCAAUCGGGAAGCGCUACCCAGGGUGCUGAACUAAAAAUGGGCUGGCUCCUAAGAUUACAUUCCUGCUUUUGAAAUAAAGAUUUGCAUGCUAUCUGAAUCGUGAAAGAAAAACUUUGGGUUGAAUAUCCCUUUAAACAUGGCUGCUAUUUUUAAAAAACUAGCAGAAUUAUUUGCUUAAUCCAUAGCCAGGUACAGCAACUUGGAAUUUGAAGGGUUUAGCAAUCCGGAAACUGGGAAAAUGUGGGUUGGGAAGCAAAAAAGCAAAUAGUAGAUAAUUUAUUGAAAUCCUCCAGUUUGAUAUCAAAUUCUCUGUAGUCCUUGGAACUCUACUGCUUAUUCAUCUAUAGAAUAAACAAAACCGCUUGGGUUCUACAGUACUGCUAUUUUAUUAAGUAUACAUAUUGGUGAAUUGUUUUUCAGAAUAAUAUAUUUAUAAAUAUAUAAAUAAAAUUUAUAUUAAAGAUUAUAUAAAUAAAUUUUCAUUUACGUUGUAAAUUUGUAUAUUUUAUAAAUUGUUUCUAUAAUUUUUAUGAUUCUGACUAGGGAGGACUAGAAACUUUAUGUUCUGUUUUUAUGAAUCGUAGUAACGGUUUUCUGUCUAAAGAGCAGGAUGCUACCAGCUUAUUGCAAAAUCAUAAAGGACAGCUUUAAUUGAACUCAAAUCCAGAGUGACAAUCCGUAUGGGAACAAUUCAAGAAUUAGCAGCAUGAUAGAUUAUUUAUCCCAUUAAUAUCUAAUAUUAAUAUAUAAAUAAAUAUAUAUAUAUAUAUAUAUACACAGUGUGUGUAUGUGUAUAUAUGUAUAUGUGUAUUUGUAUAUAUAUAUAUAUAUAUAUAUAUUUAUUAUAUAUAAUUACGUGUAUUCGGAUACUGUUAAUAUUUGGCUCUUUUUCGAAACCGGAUUUCUCUUUCACAAGAAUAAAUCUGAAAAGAGGCAAAUACCGCAAACACCCGCCGCCUUCCUCACUUGGAUACUAACGAAGGAUCUGAAUGCAUACAUACACAUUCAUUAUAUUUUUUAUAUAUAUAUAUAUAUAUAUAUAUAUAUAUACUUUUGCUUUAAAGGAAUAGUCGAGUCAAAAUUAAACUUUCAUGAUUCAGAUUGAGCAGGCAAUUUUAAGAUUUUGAAAAAACAAGAAUGAAAGCAUAGGAUCUGGCCCAUUUUUAGUUCAGAACCUGGGUAGCGCUUUCUGAUUGGUGUCUAAAUGAGGCCACCAAUCAGCAAGCGCUACCCAGGUGCUAAACCAAAAAUGGGCUGGCUCCUAAGGUUACAUUCAAAUUAAGACACCAAGAGAACAAAGACAAAUCGAUUAUAGGAGUAAAUUAAAAAGAUGCUUAAAAUUGCUUUAUCUGAAUCAUGAAUAUUUAAUUUUGACUAAACUGUUCCUUUAAAGGUAUUUAAAAAAUAAUUAAAAACUGGCUUUUUUCCCAGAAGUUAGAUUCUAAAUGAUGGAAAGUAUUAUGUCCUUUUCUUUCUAGAGAUGCCAGUUGCAGUUGGUCUGAAACUAAACUAUAUAAUGCAGAGAGGGGUCUUGGGCAAGUGUUGGCUGUGUAAAUUUCUUCUGCUGGACAUAAAAUUGUAUAGUUUUUUUUUUUUCUGGCUUUUAUAGCGUUGACUCAUUUCCUAGUUCUCGUCGUGAAGUUUUUUUUUUAUUAUAAUGCUGUACCAUUAGCCAAGCUUUGUCUAUAUGACGUACAUAUUAUACUAUUAUGCCUAUAGUACAACUGUGUAUAUAGUUUUUUCCAUGUACUAAUACCAUCUCAGGUUGUGUAAUUUUUUUCAGCUCAUUACUUGGGUCCACUUUCUGUAUUAACAAAAUUAUUUUGUUUUAAACUGCUUAUAUAUUCAGGAUCACAUAGUAAUUAAAAUAUUGUGCAAUUCAUCACA